UGGACAGGAACCGGGUGGGGGCGCCCCAGAGGCCACCCCGAGGAUCUUUCCAGCUGUCAGGUGACUCAACCCCAAAGGCGCGAAAGGGCAAGCACGUGAAUGUGCGCGGGGACGGAGUGGAAGGAGUGUCCCACAUGGGGAGCCCGGGCUAAGGAGGGCAGGUGGGACUGCAGCACUUACAGGAGACCACACUGCCGACGUGGGGGGUGGAACGCUCCAGGGGGCGGGACAGCCCCCAGGGGGCCCCGGAGCUGGGGCCGGUAGGGGCGUGGCCUUGGGGCCCCGCCUCUCCCGCCUCCUCAGCCUGGGGCUCGCACACCGGACGAACGCAGCUGCGCUGCGCAACCGCCGCCCAUCGCAGGGACCAUGGGUCUCAGUCCCGCCUCGACCCCCCGCGAACCCGCCCCUUCUGCCGCUUGACUGGAGGCCCAGGUGGCCAUCAUGGGUCAGUGCUACUACAAUGAGACCAUUGGCUUUUUCUACAAUAACAGUGGCAAGGAGCUCAGCCUUCACUGGCGCCCCAAGGAUGUGGUGGUGGUGGCUCUGGGGCUGACGGUCAGUGUACUGGUGUUACUCACCAAUCUGCUGGUCAUUGCAGCCAUCGCCUCCAACCGACGCUUCCACCAGCCCAUAUACUAUCUGCUCGGCAACUUGGCUGCUGCUGACCUCUUUGCCGGCAUGGCCUACCUCUUCCUUAUGUUCCAUACUGGCCCACGAACCGCCAGGCUCUCCAUCAAAGGCUGGUUCCUGCGACAGGGCCUGCUGGACACCAGCCUGACAGCAUCGGUGGCCACACUGCUGGCCAUUGCUGUAGAGCGGCACCGUAGUGUGAUGGCCGUGCAGCUUCAUAGCCGCUUGCCCAGGGGCCGUGUGGUCACACUCAUCGUGGGUGUGUGGGUGGCUGCACUGGGCCUGGGGCUGCUGCCUGCACACUUCUGGCACUGUCUCUGUGACUUGGACAGGUGCUCACGAAUGGUGCCCCUGUUCAGCCGCUCAUACCUGGCUGUGUGGGCCCUGUCCAGCCUGCUCGUCUUCCUGCUCAUGGUAGCCGUCUACAUACGAAUUUUCUUCUAUGUGCGUAGACGGGUGGAACGCAUGGCAGAGCAUGUCAGCUGCCAUCCCCGCUACCGAGAGACGACACUCAGCCUAGUCAAGACUGUUGUCAUCAUCCUGGGGGCAUUCGUGGUGUGCUGGACGCCGGGCCAGGUGGUGCUGCUCCUGGACGGUCUAGACUGUAAAUCCUGCAAUGUCCUGGCUGUGGAGAAGUACUUCCUACUCCUGGCUGAGGCCAACUCACUGGUGAAUGCAGUGGUGUAUUCCUGCCGAGACGCUGAGAUGCGCCGGACCUUCCGCCGCCUCCUGUGCUGCAUGUGCCUUCGCUGGUCCAACCACAAAUCUGCCCACUACUCAUCUUCUGCCCGGAUGGGCGCCAGCACCCGAAUCAUGCUUCCUGAGAAUGACCACCCUCUGACGGACUCCACCCUUUAGCUUCCGUGGACUGAGGCGGGAGACAGGCAGGAAUGUUGUCUGUCUGUACCCACAGCCACUUGCAGUUCCCCUGACUCAAUCCAGCCCAGCAGAUGCAUGGCCCCUCAAUGCUCCCCAGGCCCACAGAUCUGCCCACCUCAGGACACUGGGAGUUGGGGCCAUCUCCAUGCACCUGGGAGGGCAUCCAAAGGGGCUUGGCAGUCUGGCUCUGUUAUCUCAGGGUUUUUUUGUUUUUUAAUUUUUGGUUUUUCGAGACAGGGUUUCUCUGUGUAACUUUGGAGCCUAUCCUGGCACUCGCUCUGGAGACCAGGCUGGCCUCGAACUCAGAGAUCCACCUGCCUCUGCCUCCCGAGUGUUGGGAUUAAAAGCCUGCGCCACAAACGCCUGGCUGUGUUUGUAGUUUUUUUAACAUUUUCAUGUUUUACUGUAUGUCUCUGGUAUAUCCUAUGGACUCUUUCUUUCUACAUGGUGCUGUAGGUGUUCAGGGUAGAAGAGAUGGGAGCUGUCCCAGGUUAGACCACCCACUGUUACAGGCUAGACUAUAGGUGUACUGUCUUUCUGAGGCUAGUUUGGUUUUUUUGAGACAGGAUCUCAUGUAGUCUAGCCUGGCUUUGAAUUCACUGUGUAGCUGAGGUUGGCCUUGAAUUCUUAAUCCUCCUGAAUCCACCUUCCAAUUGCUGGCUCUGGUGUUGAAUGGUAAUUGAUCAGCCUUUGAGGGCUCGCCUCAUAGAGGACCACAUGAUACAGGGCAAGCCUUUCCACUCCUAGGUUGCCAAUUUGCUUGGUUGAGUUUCUUUUUUGUGUGUGUUAUUAACUCAGACAAUUUGUCCCUGUGUCCUGGAGUUAUCUAUCAUGUCUCACAGUUGGCGAGACUCCUUCAACAUGGAAUCUCGGGCCCUGACCUCAUUCCUGUUCUUCCUCUCUCCUGUAAUCCCAUACCACCACCCCCCCCCCCCCGCCCCC